UGUGUGCAUUGGGGUUCGAUGUAUAAAAAACAUAGUUGAGGCGCUUGUAACCCGGUGACGCAGAUACCGCAGUCCGUGAUGCAUGACGGGAUGUCGUCGCUUCCAUGGCAACGAGUGUAGCCUGCGGAAGGGAAGCCUUGAUUGGGCCGAAAGAGUGUCAGUCAGACAGCAGGGGAAACGGCCCUUAGGGUGAGAGGAAAGCGCGGCGCCUGGCUGGCACGCUCUUCCCUGGGUGGCAGCGGGACCCAUGUGACAGUCGGGCUCACCCAAUGCCUCUCGGGCCUGACCAUGGAGGGCAGCAGUAGAGAUCUGGUGGAGAAGUUUGUUUGCAAGAAACUGUCCCAGAAAGGAGCCUGCGGGGAGUUCUCCAGCAACUCCCAGCCCAAGGGCGUGUCUAAUGGAAGUUCGGAGGGCCCCGGGGCCACACAGGGCAUUGUGGGGGAGGAAGUCCUUCAGGCGCUGCUGGACGCGUCGGAGGAGUUUGAGUUGAGAUACCAGCGUGCCUUCAGCGACCUGACCGCCCAGCUGCACCUCACCCAGGACACUGCCCAGCAAAGCUUCCAGCAGGUGGUGGGGGAGUUGUUCAGGGACGGCACCAACUGGGGCAGAAUCGUGGCCUUCUUCUCCUUUGGGCGGGCCCUGUGCGUGGAGAGUGCCAACAAGGAGAUGACUGAGCUGCUCCCCAGGAUCGUGCAAUGGAUGGUGCAGUACCUGGAGCAUACGCUGCAGCCCUGGAUGCUGGAGAACGGAGGCUGGGAAGCUUUUGUCGGUCUGUACGGAAAGGGAGCUGCCGCCCAGAGCAGGGAAGGGCCGGAGCGGUUUGGCCGGUGGCUAAUGGCCAUAGUGACUGUGACUGCUGCAACCUUAUUGGUCUCCUACCUGAGGCGUCGAUAGACCCCCAGAAGUUCUGCGGUGAUGUGCUAUUGGCUGGCACUGGCCCCACCCAUGGACACGAUAGGCUGGUGGCUCCCAGGUUCAACAUGUGUUGAGGUUCCCUUUGCUCAGUUACAGGGAGAUGGAGCCCCGGUGUAUUCACCCCAAUAAUCUCAUGGGCCCCUCCCGUGGAGGGGGGAACCCCACAACUUGGGAACCUCCUGGGAAGGGGGGGAACCCCACAACUUGGGAACCUCCUGGGGAGGGGGGAACCCCCACAACUUGGGAACCUCCUGGGGAGGGGGGAACCCCACAACUUGGGAACCUCCUGGGGAGGGGGGGAACCCCACAACUUGGGAACCUCCUGGGGAGGGGGGGAACCUCUGUGUUAGGUUGUCUGUUAUUGCCUUGCGCUCAGCAGUGGUUAUUAAAUGUUAUGUUUAAAA